GUUUUUUUAUAUUUCUUGUUUAGCUGAACCUGUGGACGAUAUGAGUAGUUAUCACAAAAGUGCGCCACAAAUUGAAAACAAUUCUUCUUUUCACAUGGAAGAAAAACGUAAACAAUAUGAACUGCAAAAACAGCAGCAACAAAAACAACAACAUCAUCAACAACAGCAGCAACAACGUGCUCAACAGCAGAUUUUACAUGAGCAACAACUACAUCAUCAACACCAACAGCGACAACAACAAAUACAACAAAUAAAGCAAGAACCUCAUGAUUAUCCACAACAUCAGAGUAAAAAUACUCAUAAUGAAGAUGUUUCCCAACAAACACAACAAUGUUUAAAUUCCGAGAAUUCUGCUACUACGUUACUACCAGUAGAGCAAAAACCACAAAAACAAGAGCAACAACAACCAGAACAACAACAGCAGCAGCAGCAAAUAUCCUUGGCUAAUAUAAAAACAGAAGCAAAGCCCCUUAACUUUCCUCGUCGCAAGUUACAAACAGAACGUUCCUCAACUCUGCCCAUAUGCCAACGAUGUAAACAAGUUUUUUUAAAACGUCAAAACUAUACACAACAUGUUGCUCAAUCCAGUUGCAAUAUUGUUGAAUACGAUUUUAAAUGCUCCGUAUGUCCCAUGUCCUUUAUGUCUAAUGAGGAGCUGCAGACACAUGAGCAAUUACAUCGUUCACAUAGAUAUUUUUGUCAGAAAUAUUGCGGGAAAUUCUAUGAAACCAUCGAAGAGUGUGAACAACAUGAAUAUGGACAGCAUGAAUAUGAAAUGUUUAAAUGUAAU